GGAUUGGCUUUCUGCACUUCUUAUCCUCAGAAAUCUCUUCACUGAAAAUGAGAUAAACAGACUUCUCUGCAAACCAAGAAAACGCACUUUGAAGCAUUCAACCACAAAUCUCAGGGAAAAGUUAUAAAAUCAGAGCAAAAAUGUUACAAACCCCAAAAUUGUUGCAAUCCUCUGCACAAUUCCUUCAUCCUCCCACACCACCAGCACCUCCUUCCUCUUCCCUUUCCAUCUCGAAACAACUCAAUCUGUCACGAAGAGAGCUUACAAUUUCCAGUAAUGCUUCGUUGCUUCUUCUCUUAGGUUCUCAAACUGUAGAACAACUCAACCUGUCGAAGGUGAGAGCAGAAGAAAAUCUGACAAACAAUGAUCAACAAGAAGACAAAGUAAGUGCCAGUCCUAACUGCACUGACAGAGUUUCAACAAAGAGAGCAUUUCUUGAUAUCUCCAUUGAUGGAGAGCCUGUUGGUCGGAUUACCAUUGGGUUAUAUGCAGAUGAUGCCCCAGCUGGAGCUACAAGGUUUAGUAAACUGGUUAGUGGAGCUGCUGGGGUAAGCUACAGAAGAAAGGAGUUUGUUAAGAUCAUGCCAAACUAUGUGCAACAUGGUGGGUUGAGAUCAUACGGUGUGGAUGCUGAGAUUGCAAAGAGGACGGGGAGCAAUUUGGAAACAGAAAAUCUGGAGGAGGAGUGGGAGCGGCUGUAUGAGAAGUGCCCAGGAACUAAGAACGUGGCUGGAGCAGUGAGCAUCAUUGUCAGGGAUCCCUCUAAACCACCUCCAAAGUUGAAGUUGGUUGCCAGGCAGGGGAAGCUGGUGAUUGAUCAAGAGGAGGUGGGAGCAGACCCAAAUGGUACAGAAUUUGCCAUUGCCAUCAAGGACUCACCGGAACUGGAUGCCUCAGCAUUGGUGAUUGGAAAAGUCUUGGAAGGCAUGGAGGUUGUGGAGAGAAUCAGACAAGUGAAGACUGUGCAAGAGAACACAAGCUCGCCUUAUUUCAGGGUAGCCAAGCUGGUGGGCGAUAAAAGAGCUGUUGUAGCAGAGAGAGGCUUCAACCGUCCUUACUCGAAGGUUCUUGUGACAAACUGCGGCUUAAUGGACUGAAUCACAUGGCCAUUUUUGUUGAGUUUUCAUAUUCUUCCAUUUUUGAAUGAAGAGUGGCUCUGUUGUAAGAUAAGUAUACAUUCUGUUGCUAUUUCUAAGAAACAUCAUAUUACAAU